UAGUCCUCCGACGAGAAAAAUAGUUUCCCAUUUACGUUGGCAUCGCUGCCUGCGAGAAUGAAUACCACGACUCGACACUCCUUCUAUUUGUAACGUAUGAAAAUGCAGUCACGGAGGUGUCAAACUGCUGUACCGCCUUCUUUCACAAGGGACGUUCACCCAAGACCAGCACACGAAAAGGAGGUGGAUCAGACUAUUGUUGACAGGCGGCUGACGGGUGAAGGAAAACUGGUUGGAAAUCUCGUUGCGUUGCAGCUACUACACGAGGAAAAGUCGCAAGACAAUGUUGCAGACAUAGAAACGUUAUGGUGUCAACCAUCUCUGGGAACAAGAAGUAUACAAGAAGCAACUGAUGCAGAAAGAGCGAAGGGGAAAAGAGUGCGAGGAAGAGACGGAGGAAGGAAAGAAGAUCCCUGGAGGAGGAAGAAGAAGAAGAAGAUCGGUGGUCGUGCUCUGGUGGAUCAAGUGUGGUGAACUAUACAUAAAGGCCAAGGAGUGAGAGGAAGAAGAAGAAGAACGUUCUACGAAGGCCUUUCUGUUCCGACCCGUUGCACAUUCUAUUUUCCAUCAUGCAGAACUACAACUAUUACCCUCCUGCAUACGACUACGUGACGCCCAACACGGGCUAUGCCCAACAGCCUUCCCAGUAUGCUAUGGACCCAAGCUACUAUGCAGGCUACGGGAUGCAGGGUCCGGUCAGAGAAGUGAACGCAGGAUACCCACAGUACCAGACAGGACCUUGGUACAACGAGGCUCCACAGUACACACCAACGUACGCUCAACAGCUUGGUCCCCAGGUGGCGGCAUCCUAUCCCCCCCGCGUAGACCGAAGACGAUCCAGCAGUCUUCGAGGAUGGCAAGGAUGGCACUACGGUCCGCCUCCUGGCACUACUGCUCAAGGACCAUUCCCCCAAAUAACACUGGAGGAAUAUCGAAGAUCGAUGCCGGCAUACUACAGUCCAACCGGUCAGCGUGUUGCAGGGGACCCUGAAGAGCUGGGAUCCCCAGGAGCCGUACCAGGGACGCCGAUGACACUUGAACCCGGUGCGUACAAAUUCAGAUUCCUGCUAUGGACCCUAACUUGGCUCACCUGACAAUACCGUUCUUCCUCAUCUCAAAUGUCUGGUGUCCUGAAGAGGAUGAAGGGGCUACUCAGGCUAUUAAGGCUCUGGCUAUCGUUCUGGGAACUCUAUGCUUCGGCAUGCUCACAAUUACGAUCGCACUUGUCAUGGCAAAGUUAACGUUCGUAUCCACCUCAAGUAAGUACACAAAGAUGGGGGUGCGAGAAAUGGAAGGACAGAGAAAACAGAUACAGAACAGGGAUUGGUGCGAGAAAGUCGGUGUUUCAGUGUAGACUGGCAAUGUUAAUGAUCGUAGAAACCAGCGACUGUUGAACAUGCGCGUAGCGCCACCUAGUGUGUCACGUGUCAACUUGAACCUGCAUUCAAUGGCCAUAAGUUUCAUGAUACGAAAGUCAGUGAGUGCCCAUGGCAAGACUCGAAACCACACCUGACCAGCAGUCGAGAGAGGUAUAGAUUCUGCCGCCACCUGCACUCUUCGACUUUUUCGUCGACUGCUCUCUUUCAGAUCAUUGCUUGAGCGUUAGUGAAGCUUAGCUUAGAUUAGAUUAGAAUUGUAGCUAAUGAGCAUCUGAAGAUGAAGGCUCCUACAAGACAUAGGAGCCCGCUACUUCAAAACACUAAAAUAUAAAAGUUAAUACAUCUAAUAAGUUAGAGGCGCUACAAUGUCCACAAGGAAUGUGAUUAUCAGCUGCCGCACGCUGUCCUGCGAUGAGCUUCACUAAGUCUAGAGGACUGUGGUGGUCCAGUCUUUCCAAGGUGGUCUAGGUUAGGCUGAGGUCAUUACGUUGACCGCUAUAUCUGGAGCAGUUAAUUAUUGCGUGUCUAGUUUUCUCAACUUCCACACGUGAGGCAGUUCGGCGAGUUCACCUUUCCCAAAGUGAAGCUUCAAUGUUGUGUCUGUCUUAAUUGUUCGUUCAACCUCUGCAGUUUACGAUACGAAGGACGCAGUUCCGCCUAUUCAUUGCUCUAUGCUUUUCUUUUUUCUCACUGAUCGCAAUAGCAAACAAUGAAAAAGUAGGGUAAGGGUGUGCAAGAUGAGUCAGAAAUUUGCAAUUGAAUAUGGAAUUCUUAUUUUUCGUGUUUUUCAAAAAGAAAAAAAAACUACUCAUAGGUACAUCCUUAGAGGUCGAGAGCUUCUGAUCUGUAAAUCAGAAGGGACGUAACCGGUUCUAAAAUAAACAACAGAACAAGAAAUUUAAAAAAAUGCAGUUUGUCUCAUCUUGCCCCAACCCUCGGGGCAAGAUGAGACAGCUCUCGGGGCUCUAGACAGCUCUCGGGGCAAGAUGACACACGCCGUGGUAAUGAAUUAUACAAAUUAGUUUUUGCAAUUUUAGCACCUACUAAGCCCCCUUAAGCCCACCGCCUACAUGAUGAUAUAUCUAGAUGAAUAAAUAAAGAAACAGGAUCUGGUUGACAGAAUAAACCUGCGACACGCUGCUGCACAGCUGACAAGAAAAAGGGCUACAGAAAAUUGCGCCCUUUUUGCGUUUUUUUUUCAACGCAAAUACCAAUCCGGAUAAUUCUCACGUGCAAUAUAAAGCGGACAUGGAGGGCAACGUAUGAGUAAAGUUUCAAGCGCAUGGAGCAACGCGUCUCUGAGACAGGCGGUCUGCGUCGAGCAAAAAAGUGCCUCAUCUUGCCCUGUGUCUCAUCUUGCCCCACCUUUACCCUAUUUCGCCGAAAAUUAUGUCGUUACAU